AUGGACACCGCGGCUGUCAGACGAACGGUCAACGGCCCGGUCCAAUUGAAUCAGGAGCGGACGUCAUUUCCGCGGGAGUCGGAGCUUCGGGAGAGCUUCACUCUGGACAUGUGCCAACGGCCGGAUUGCGACGGUAGCCGGCGCUACGGACUAUUUUCUGCCCGUCUUCAGACUGGUUCCGUUCCAGAUAUUUGA